ACCUCGAUUUAAAUGCAUCAUCCAAAGGAUGGCACCUCCGACAAUGCAGCAUCCCCUCGCCGAAUGUCUUUGGCAGUGAUUCUUGCUGGUGCCCGGUGGAGAUGGUUGCUAUCAGGGAUGAUUACGCAGACCCUUUCGACGUCCAAAACGAGUUAAAGAAUAAAACUACCAAAAAGCAAGAGUUUGAAAAUAAUGGAUACAUGGAGCCUUAUGAGGCACAGAAGAUGAUGGCAGAGAUACACAGGCAAGAGAGCCAGAAGAAAGGAAUCCAACUGUAUGACACACCUUAUGAACCUGAAGUGAACGGUGUUGACUCUGACACAGAGAGCGUUACCAAUCAUCCGCUACGGGAAAGCAGGUUACCGCAAAACGACGACAGACCUGCGGAGGAAUACGACCAACCAUGGGAGUGGAAUAAAGUUACAGUGCCCAACUUUGCAGCUCAGUUCAACGGUAUUGAGAAGAAGCAGUCGUCUUCUCCCUUGUGUGACAGACGAAGACACCUACGACCUCCGGCUCUAAUCAAACACGGAAGCCCGGAAUUCUGUGGGAUUUUAGGAGAGAGAGUAGACCCCACUGCACCACUGGAAAAACAAGUAUGGUACCAUGGAGGAAUCAGCCGAAUAGAUGCAGAAAACCUUCUGCGAUUGUGUAAAGAAUGCAGUUAUCUUGUUCGAAACAGUCAAAGCAGCAAGAAUGAUUAUUCACUUUCACUGAAGAGCAGCCAAGGCUUCAUGCACAUGAAAUUGACCAAAGCCAAAGACAAAUACAUCUUGGGGCAGAACAGCCCUCCGUUUGACAGUGUCCCUGAGGUCAUUCACUUCUACACCACGAGAAAGCUGCCAAUUAAAGGAGCGGAACAUUUGUCACUACUCUACCCUGUGAUAGUCCGAACGCUAUAAGAUCGUAUCCUAGCCUGGCUUCCUUCCUAUGGAUGGGAUAGUUAGCAACUAACUAAACUGGAUGGAUUGGGCUGACCAUCAACACGUCACUAUAUUUAUAUUUCAGCUCAAUGGAGAUCAGUUCCACACGCAAGACUGAUGUUGUCAACACUAUGAAAUAUAUUGUGUGCUGCAGCUGCACUGUUGCAUGAAUAGAAUAUGUUUCUUAAAACCUGUUUGGCUCCUGACCCACUUAGCUGCGAAUGAAAACCGUAACCAGCACGUACGUUCUCAAUCUACUGAAGUAUUCUGAUUCUUCCUCCCUCUAAAGCAAGCAAAACACGAUACACAGUAGUGCAUCCAGUAUAUUACACCCCACAUUCAACAGAUUCCCCCUUCCUCACUCUGACCUUGGUGAUUAUUUAUGUUUAAUACAGUGGCUUAAUAAUAAAUAUAUUUUUUGUACAGUUUAACAUGCCAACGGGAUAUCUCGCCAUGCCUUUUAUUUUCAGACUAAAGAAAAGUUUGUUUUCAUUUUGUGUCACGUAGCAUUUUCGUUUAAACCAUGAUGAGUUGCAAGGAGCGAAAUGGCAAACCGCUGUGGACUGGCGGAUCAAGUCCGAGGUGGACAAUAAGGGUGGGAGCCAUUAAAACUAAAAUGUCGAGAUCUCAUCUCAGUGCUGCCAAACAAUAUGGGAGUUCAGAGAAAGCCAAUAAAUGGGAUGGAUGUUUUUUUUUAAAAAAGUCAAGGCUUCUCUGAUAAAUUAAACCAGUUUAAAAUGAAGGGUUUGAUCCCCCCCCCCCACACACACACCUCAUCCCCAGCAAAUACCGAGGUCAACAAAACAACAACAAAUUACAUUUGUACAGGGGCCUUUCAAGUCGGGAGGAUGUCCCAAGGCGCUGAGGUCAAAGGAAAUCCGUGGUCCUGUUCUCUCAGCUACUGUGUGGAAUCUGAAGUCUUAGGCAGUUCACACAGGUGACGAUGCUGACAUGCUGUAAAAUGACGUUGCGGUGUCAAAACUACUGGAGUAACUGCAUUCAAGCAGUUACGUGCUGAAACAAACUGUUAAGUGGUAAGUGCUACAGUACAGUAACUCUUACCAUCGGCACGGCCAUACUGACAAUGGAACUCGAAAAGUCACGGUGUGCCAUUGCUGAUUACAAUAAACAACUGUAAGCC